AUGCGCAGGCACUCAAUCUUGAAGGGCAUUCGGUGUCGAUACUGCUACUCUCUAGGCCGAUUGCCCUUGAAGUAUACCGGUAACCAUGAACUACUCGGGCAGCAGAUACGACAGCUGAGUUCGAGCUCUAACAAUGUGGGCGGACCGGAUAACAAUAAUGGAGAUGAAAAACCUCAGUCUGCCGGCUCUGCAUUUGGGCGAGGAUGGGGCUCACCCGCGUUUGGAGCUCCGAUGACAUUUACCCCUGCUGAGCUGAAGCAGCGGGAAGCCCUAUUGGCAAAGCAGCCUCGACAAAAACCGUCGCCGCCUGCGGAAGUAACACACGGGAGCCAUGGACAGAAUGAAAACACGACUAGGGACCAGCGAGCUACAUGGGUUUGCGCCCAAUGCCAAAAAGUUAACUUGAUGAAACUUGCGUUUUGUCCAGACUGUCACUGGAGACCUAGCCAGACGUACCUUAGGUCUUCAACACCUCGGCCACCCCAACGGAAACCAUUGGGCCCUAGAGCGUCAUCGGAAGGUGAACAAAAACCCGGCAGUACAAAACACCAAAAGCAGAGUAAAUUCACCAUUACCAGAUUUUGGGCAACUGAACAACCGCCACAAAGGUCUGACAGGAGUAGACAACCUCCGCGACAUGUUAACCCAUCCACGCAAACUCCUUCAUCAGAUAGUCCUAGCCGAAUAUCCACAGCCAGAGAAGGAGCCGACGCGGCCACCCAGAAAUCACAGCAAAACGGUGACGUUCAGAAUAUAUCCUUGAAGCCUGGCCGUAGUUUGGACUCACAGACUCAAGCCUUAGGUGGCAAUAUUUCAUGGCCAUUAUCGGGAUUUAGAAGUCUUCCACCGCAGUCUGAACAGCCUCAGCUGUCAGACAUAGCUCCGCACUCUGAGGCGCUCCCCGCCAGAUCGAAACCAAAAUGGGAUGAAAUGGGUACUAAUACUUCUACCGAGGAGCAUAUCACAACCCCAACCUCUUCACGAGGCGGUUAUAGGAAAAAUAAUAAAGACUUUACACCUUACGAAGAAGCUGGCAAUGAUAUUUCGUUCAAGCCUAAAAAACGGAAAGGGAGACAUGCUGCUUCAAAAAAAGACUUCGACGAACCUGAAAUACGGCCGAAACAUCAUAGCUCGAAACGUGAUCAAGAUUCAGACUUAAUGGAUCUGGCGGAAGAAUAUGGCAUGGGCCAGCGCAGGCGGAAGGGAGACAAAAAGAAAGUUGCACAGCGCCUGCGAGAGCAGUCUGGCCCAACUCCAAUAGUUCUUCCAGAUUUUAUCAGCGUUGGGAACUUGGCAGACGCAAUAAACGUCCGCCGUCCUCAAUUUAUCAAGAGCUUGGAGAAUCUCGGAUUCGACAACGUGACCAAUGAUCAUGUUCUUGAUUCUGAGACUGCUGGACUGAUUGUUACUGAGUUUAACUUUGAACCUGUUGCCGAAUCCAAUGAUAUAGAUCUGGUUGCCGCCCCGGCCCCUGAAGACACAUCUAACUUACCUCCAAAACCCCCAGUCGUCACCAUCAUGGGCCACGUCGAUCAUGGAAAGACCACUCUUCUCGAUUACCUUCGAAAGUCUUCCGUUGUUGCUACAGAACAUGGGGGAAUAACUCAACACAUUGGUGCAUUUUCUGUUACUAUGCCCUCCGGCAAACAAAUAACGUUCUUGGACACCCCUGGACACGCUGCUUUCCUUGAAAUGCGGAAACGAGGAGCUGACGUCACCGAUAUUGUGAUUUUGGUUGUUGCAGCUGAUGACAGCGUUAAACCACAAACAAUUGAGGCUAUAAAGCACGCAAAGGGUGCAGAUGUCCCUAUUAUCGUUGCAAUUAACAAGAUUGACAAAGAGGACACCGACAUUGAAAGGGUUAAGCAGGAUUUGGCACGCCAUAAUGUCAGUGUUGAGGAUUAUGGUGGCGACGUUCAAGCAAUCGGUGUUAGCGGGAAAACAGGCCAGGGCAUGCUGAAAUUAGAAGAGGCUGUUAUUACACUAUCCGAGAUGUUAGAUCUUCGAGCUGAUAAGGAAUGCAACUUUGAAGGCUGGGUGAUUGAAGCAUCUACUAGAAAGGGAGGCCGGGCCGCAACAGUGCUUGUAAGGCAAGGCACCCUUCGGCCAGGAGAUGUUAUUGUUGCAGGGACUUCAUGGGCUAAGAUCCGGACUUUGCGCAAUGAGGCUGGUGUACAAGUUAAUGAAGCCCUGCCCGGAACACCUGUAGAAGUUGAUGGUUGGAAAGACCAGCCGGUCGCUGGAUCCGAAGCUCUGCAAGCACCGGAUGAGCAACGCGCAAAGGAUGUUGUUAUGUUCAGACUUGAAAAAGAAGAAACACAACGACUAGGCGGCGAUGUAGAAGCUAUCAACCAAACUCGCCGCCAGGAGCGCGAGAAACGACAACUGCAGGCGGCCCAAGAAGAUAACGGUGGCACAAUGGCAGAUAUUGCUGACAAGAGUGGCCCUGAGCCCAUUCCAUUUAUAGUCAAGGCCGACGUUUCUGGUUCCGCCGAAGCAAUAGUUAAUGCUGUCUCAGCCAUCGGAAAUAACGAAGUCUUUGCUAAAAUCCUGCGGUUUAACGUUGGAAAAAUUGGAGAAUCAGAUAUCCGGCUUGCUUCCGCUGCCAACGCAGCCGUUAUUUCCUUCAACCAGUCUGUUGAACCGGACAUUAUGAAACUCGCUAUUGCAGAAGGGGUUAAUAUCCUGAACCACAACAUUAUCUAUGAAUUGAUCGACGAUGUGAAAAUGAGGUUAAGCGAGCAUCUACCUCCAACCGUCACGCAGCGUGUGUCGGGAGAGGCAGAAAUUGGUGAGAUAUUCGAAAUCAAACUCAAAGGCAAGAAGACGGCCUCUGUCGCCGGGUGCAAAGUCCGCAACGGUGUCAUAUAUCGUUCUCAUAACGUGAGGGUUCUAAGAGGGAAGAAUGUGAUUUACGAUGGUACUCUGUCUUCUCUAAAGAAUGUCAAAAAGGACGUGACGGAGAUGCGAAAAGGUACAGAGUGCGGCAUGGCAUUUGAAAAUUGGGCUGACUUCGCUGUUGGCGAUGAAAUCCAAACAUACGAAGUCGUUCACGAGAAACGCUAUCUUGACUAA